UAGACCGGAGGCCCAGGAAUUUAAGAAUGAGCGAGUUCGAAGAAUCUGGCAUCGGAGAAGAGUGCGGAGUUUUCGGCUGUGUUGCCGCAGGAGAAUGGCCAACGCAACUAGAAGUUGCCCAAGUGUUAACUUUGGGACUUGUCGCGCUACAACAUAGGGGUCAGGAAAGUGCUGGAAUCGUCACAAGUAAUGGAGUCAACCCACCAACGUACAACACCCUCAAGGGGAUGGGGUUAGUGAACAAUGCCUUUCCACCUGAGGACCUUCUGAAGCUGCGCUAUGGUAACCUGGGCAUCGGGCACACACGCUACUCCACCACGGGCAUCUCUGAGCUGCAGAACUGCCAGCCCUUUGUAGUGGACACACUGCACGGCAAGAUAGCUGUGGCACACAACGGGGAGCUGGUCAAUGCAGCCGCACUGCGUAAAAAGGUGAUGCGUCACGGCGUGGGUCUCUCCACCAGCUCAGACAGUGAGCUCAUCACCCAGCUGCUGGCUCUGACUCCGCCCAUGGAGGAGCUGGAUGCCCCUGACUGGGUGGCCAGGAUAAAGAACCUGAUGCAUGAGACCCCUACAUCCUACUCACUGCUGGUGAUGUACACAGAUGUGAUCUAUGCUAUCCGUGACCCGUACGGAAACAGACCGCUCAGCAUCGGACGCCUCGUCCCCAUUUCUAAACUCCACACUGCAGGUGCUGGCGAGGGAGACACAGAGGGUUGGGUGGUGUCAUCAGAGUCCUGCAGCUUCCAGUCAAUCGGUGCCAAGUACCACAGAGAGGUGAUGCCUGGAGAGAUAGUCCAGAUCUCCAAACACGGUGUGAAGACCCUAAGCAUCGUCCCUCGCCCUGAGGGAGACCUCCCUGCCUUUUGCAUCUUUGAAUAUGUUUACUUUGCCAGACCAGACUCCAUAUUUGAAGGUCAGAUGGUGUACACAGUCAGACAGCGCUGUGGACGGCAGCUAGCCAUUGAGGCCCCUACAGAGGCAGACGUGGUCAGCACUGUGCCUGAGUCUGCUACUCCUGCUGCACUGGGAUACGCGGAGCAGUCGGGACUGCCGUACGUAGAGGUUCUGUGUAAGAAUCGCUACGUUGGGAGGACAUUUAUUCAACCAAACACACGCCUCAGGCAGUUGGGGGUGGCCAAGAAGUUUGGUGCGCUGACAGACAACUUUGCAGGCAAGCGGGUGGUGCUUGUUGAUGAUUCCAUCGUCAGGGGCAACACCAUCGCCCCCAUAAUCAAGUUGUUGAAGGAAGCAGGAGCCACAGAGGUCCACAUCCGCGUUGCCUCCCCACCCAUCAGGUUCCCCUGCUACAUGGGCAUCAACAUCCCCACAAAAGAGGAGCUCAUUGCUAACAGGCCAGAGUUUAAGGACAUUGCUGGCUACAUUGGUGCCACCAGCGUGCAGUAUCUGUCAGUGGAGGGCCUGGUGUCAGCGGUGCAGGGGGGAAUCCACUCCCUCCAGAAGGAUGAGCGGAUCAGCACCAACACCAAGGCCAACAGGAGAGUGGGCCACUGCACUGCCUGCCUCACAGGCAAAUACCCUGUGGAACUGGAGUGGUGACCACUGACCCCAACCUCAAACCACAACCACUAUCUUGACCACACUACUGCUGUUAUUGUCCUAAUGUCUAAAGUGUGAACCUUAACCAUACUCUAACCAAGGAAGUGCCUCUUGGAGCCUACUUGGUCACAGUAUGGGUGCCUAGGGCACGGCCUCACCUUGACAAGUAAACACAGAAUUGCUGUAGCUACUAAAUUUUUCCUGAAAGCUGUUACGGUUUGAGUGGUGCCUGGCCUGCUUUGGUCUGAAACCGUUGGGCCUUGAUGCUUCCACUCUGGCAACACAAUAACCUUAUGCACGUCAAUGUAUUACAUUUCAACCCAGCCUUUUCAUUCCACAUAAUAUUCCAUUGCUAUUAAAAACUAGCAUUCUGACUCCUUUCUCUCAUUGGAGAGAUUAGUUACAAGUGGCCGUAUCAGCUGUAAGACGCACAACUUCAGACCAAAAACGUUAUGUGAAAACAACUAGCUUCCAUUUAAUUUAGCCUUAAACCUCUACUAAAUUGACCUACAAAUGUAUUUUGCUUAUAUCCUGUAUACAAAGUGGUUGAAUCCUGUUUCCCUACUUUCAGACUAAUCACUGUCCCUCCUGUAAAGUGCAUACUACACUGAACAAAUAUAAAUGCAACAAUUUCAAGUAUUUUACUGAGUUAGAGUUCAUAAGGAAAUCUUCAAUUGGAAUAAAAUCAUUAGGCCCCAAUCUAUGGAUUUCACAUGACUGGGAAUACAGAACACGCCGUCGUACACAUCGACCCAGAGCAUCCCAAACAUGCUCAAUGGGUGACCUGUCUGGUGAGUAUGCAGGCCAUGGAAUAAUGUAUAGGCCAUUUUCAGCUUGCAGGAAUUGUGUACAGAUCCUUGCGACAUGGGACUGCAUUAUCAUGCUGAAACGAGUUGUUGACAGCGGAUGAAUGGCACCAACGGGCCUCAGGAUCUCAUUCAAAUUGUCAUCGAUACAAUGCAAUCAUGUUCGUUUUCCGUAGCUUAUGCCUACCGAUACCAUAACCGCGACCAUGGGGCACUUUGUUCACAACGUUGACAUCCGCAAACCGUUCGCCCAUACACUGCCAUCGGCCCGGUACAAUUGAAACCAGGAUUAAUCUGUGAAGAGCACACUUCUCCAGCAUACCAGUGGCCAGUUACGAUGCCGAACUGCACUCACGUCAAGACCCUGGUGAGGACGCGCUUGCAGAUGAGCUUCCCUGAAAUGGUUUCUGACAGUUUGUGAGGAUGUUUUUCAGUUGUGCAAACCCAGUUACAUCAGCUGUCCUGGUGGCUCAUUUCCGACCAUCCUGCAGGUGAAAAAGCCGGAUGUGGAGGUCUUGGGCUGGCAUGGUUACACGUGGUCUGCAGUUGGAUGUACUGCCAUAAUCUCUAAACCGCUGGAGGCAGCUUACUGUAGAGAAAUAACAAUUUUUGGGAUCUUUUAUUUCACCUCAUAAAACAUGGGAACAACACUUUACAUGUUGCAUUUAUAUUUUUGUUCCAUGAAGAUUGAAAGACUGAACAUUUAGUUUGUUAAUUGUGCUUUCAUUUUCCCCAUCGUGAUAAACAAUUCAUGAAUAUGUAAGAAAACAAAAGCAAUUAAUAUAAAAUACUUUUGAAAACC